AUGAACUCCGACUCCGCUCGCCGGGCAGAUGACCGCCUUCAUCAUCAGCAGAACGAACCCACCGACUCAGAUCGUCAGCAUGCAAGCAACAUCUACGGUUCUGGCGACGCGCCGCAUUCGACUGCCGCUGGCGGUGCUAUUGAACAUGCCCUAGGCCGCCAUCAAGAUCCGACCUUCCGCCCCGACCACACCGUAGACCCGCAAACCACAGAGCGACCCGUUUCGCGAAAGAGAGANGAUGGCGCUGUCGGAGUUGGCGAAGGUCCUCAGAUUCUCAGUACCUCGAAUCAGGUUGAGACGUUGUGCGGUCCUCUGCUCAACUACAGAUAUAUGAGCGGACAGUCGACAGACAACCCUUCGUGGCACGGCAGCGUUCUGAUUGUCACUACUCCUGGCCAGAAGCAGCCUCAGCUUGUUAUUCGUGGCGCCACCAUUGACUUUAGCAGACAGAUCGACGGUGUUAAGCUGUAUGAAGACCCCAAGAGCGCCUUCUGGCGAUUCGACAUCCAAGUACCCUUCCUCCCUCAAGAGUCUAGAUGGGACUACGAAAUUCCUGGUGCUAAAUACGUCGAUUCCAAGAAGACGGUCGCCCCUGGCCCCAAGUCGUUUUACAUCCCCUCCAAGACGCAGUCCAUGAGAAUCAUGUUCCACUCCUGCAACGGCUUCUCUGUUGGUACCGAUACCGACGCAUGGUCUGGUUGCGCUCUGUGGAACGAUGUUCUGCGCAUGCACGAGCAAAAGCCUUUCCAUGUCAUGAUUGGUGGUGGCGAUCAGAUCUACAACGAUGGAGUCAGAGUCGAUGGCCCGCUGAGACCCUGGACUGACAUCGGCUCACCUCACAAGAGAAGACACUUCCCAUUCAACGAAGAGCUGCGUGCCAAGUGUGAUGAAUACUACUUUAACAACUAUGUGCGCUGGUAUGGAACCGAGCCCUUCUCCUUUGCCAAUGGUCAGAUUCCUCAGCUCAACAUCUGGGAUGACCACGAUAUCAUCGACGGUUUCGGCAGUUACACUGAUCACUUCAUGAGAUGCGCUGUCUUCAGGGGUAUUGGUGGUAUCGCUCACAAGUACUACUUGCUGUUCCAACAUCACAUCGCUCCUCCGAAGAGUACCUUCACCACAGACGCGCCCCAAACCGUCCACGCCAAUGAGAACGGUACAGCUGGUCCCGACGCUGUACAGCUGAACGACACAUUUGUCAAGACUGGAGAUGAGCACGAGCCAUCGUACAUCAUUGGCUCCAAGCCUGGUCCGUACGUUGAAGAGCGUAGUAGAUCUAUGUACUGUCAGCUUGGUGCACGCAUUGCUUUCGUUGGUAUUGACGCCAGAACUGAGCGCACGAGACAUCAGAUCAACUACCCCGAGACCUACGACCAGAUAUUCCAGCGUACAUCUGCUGAGCUUCAGGCAAACCCUGCCAUCAAGCAUCUCAUCCUGCUCCUAGGAGUACCAAUUGCCUACCCUCGUCUACAAUGGCUAGAGAACAUCCUUCAAUCACCUGUCAUCGGUCCCCUUCGUUUCCUUAACAAGAGAUUCGGAGUUGCUGGUGGCUUCUUCAACCAAUUCGAUGGACAGGUCGAUCUUCUCGACGAUCUGGAUGACCACUACACGGCGCAUCAACACAAGACUGAGCGCAGAGAGUUGAUCCAGCGUCUGCAGGACCUUGCCAAAAGACACGGCGUCCGCAUUUCCAUUCUUGGUGGUGAUGUUCACUUGGCGGCUCUGGGUAGAUUCUACAGCAACCCCAAGCUCAACAUCCCUGUCGAGAAGGAUUGGCGCUACAUGGCUAACAUCGUGUCUUCCGCCAUUACCAACAAGCCUCCUCCGUCAGCCGUUGCCAACCUUCUUGCCAGUCGUAACAAGAUCCAUCACCUUGAUCACGAUACUGACGAGACGCUCCUCAACCUCUUCGACAAGGACCCUGGCUAUGGACGUGACGAUGUCAAAAACAAGACCAAGGAUAAGAACCACUGCACUAUGCCUAGUCGCAACUACGCAAUCAUCGCAGAGUCGCAUAACGGUUUUGGAUCUUCAGUUGGUGCUGCUGUCGAUGCCGCCACCAACGGCCAUACCAACGGUCAUACUGACGGAACUUCGACACUCACAGCCACACAGUUUCCAACCGGAGGCAACCCUCGCGAAGCUCUGCACGCAGGUGAGCAAAAGGCUGGUACUACUCACCCUGCUGCCGAGGGCCUGCAGAACACUGGUCUGGGUGGUCCUGAUGGUCUAGAUGUCUGCAUCAAGGUCGAGAUUUCGCCCAGCGAUCGUGAGGGCCAUACUCAAGGCUACGGCUUCUCCAUUCCUGGACUUGAUGCUGGUGCAUACAAGGGUCAGGGCACUUCCUGGUAA